GGGAUGGGCGGGGAGGCCCGGGGGGCCGGGCCCAGAGCGCUUUCGGUCCCGGUGACCCCUCCCCGCCUUCCCCGGGGUCCCCCAGCCGCCGAGACGCCCCUCAGGACCGCUGGUCCCCGAGACCCUGUCGCAGUCCCUGGCCACCUCUGCCGCUGCCACUUCCAGGACUCCGGAAGCCCGAAAUCAUUCAGGAUUUCCCCUAGACGCCCGGACCCCCCGAGGGCCUCCUGAGAUUGCCCGAGGACCCCCGAGCCCGCCCCGGGUCAGCCGUCCAGGAUUUACAGAUGGAUCCAGUGGAAAAGACAACAAACAGAAGUGAACAAAAGUCCAGUAGAAAGUUUCUGAAAAGCCUCAUCCGGAAGCAGCCGCAGGAGUUGCUGCUGGUCAUCGGGACGGGCGUGAGCGCCGCCGUGGCCCCGGGGAUCCCCGCCCUCUGCUCGUGGAGGGGCUGCAUCGAGGCGGUCAUCGAGGCCGCCGAGCAGCUGGAGGUCCUUCACCCGGGAGACGUGGCGGAGUUCCGCCGGAAGGUGACAAAGGACCGGGACCUGCUGGUGGUCGCACAUGAUCUGAUCCGGAAGAUGUCCCCUCGUACGGGCGACACCAAGCCCAACUUCUUCCAGGACUGCCUGAUGGAGAUUUUCGACAGCCUGGAGCAGCACAUCCAGAACCCGCUGGUGCUGCAGUCCAUCCUCAGCCUGAUGGAGAGGGGCACCAUGGUGCUGACCACCAACUACGACAACCUGCUGGAGCUCUUCGGGCAGCAGCAGAGCAAGCCCAUGGAGUCUCUGGACCUGAAGGACAAGACGAAGGUCCUUCAGUGGGCGAGAGGGCACAUCAAAUACGGCGUUCUUCAUAUUCACGGCUUGUACACGGACCCCUGCGGGAUGGUCCUGGACCCGUCGGGGUAUAAAGAUGUCACGCAGGACCCAGAAGUAAUGGAAGUUCUCCAGAACUUGUACCGCACCAAGUCCUUCCUGUUUGUGGGCUGCGGAGAGACCCUCCGUGACCAGAUCUUCCAGGCCCUCUUCCUGUACUCGGUGCCCAACAGGGUGGAGCUGGAGCACUACAUGGUCGUGCUCAAGGAGAGUGAAGACCAUUUCUUCAAGCACCAAGCAGACAUGCUUUUGCAUGGGAUUAAAGUCGUGUCCUAUGGGGACUGUUUUGACUACUUUCCUGGCUACGUGCAGGACCUUGCCACUCAGAUCUGCAGACAGCGCAGUCCAGAUGCUGACCGAGUGGACAGCACCACACUGUUGGGGAAUGCGUGUCAGGACUGCGCCAAGAGGAAGCUGGAGGAGAACGGAAUGGAAGUCUCCAAACGGCCCCGCCGGUCGGAUGCGGGAUCAACUUUCAGCCAUAAAAGAACACCACGAGAAAGGUAAAAGCAGAUGUGGAAGACCUGAUCGACAUCUUGAGUCCACAUUCAGCACCACAGGAUCUGCCAUGGGGACUGACUGAGGAUCGGGCAAGGGUUCUAGCAAAGAGACUAUCAACACAAUCCUGCCUUUGGUUCUUUCCUUCUCCUGAUCCCAGGUCAGCCAUUUCCCAAGACCCUCUACAUUACAGGUACCUUCACUACAGAGACCACUGACCAUUCCAUAAAAUCAAAUUAGCACCAGAGAGCAGAAUUCCAGAACUGAAGAGAAUCUGGAAACUAAAUGACCAAUCCCCUCAUUUUUCAGAUGAAGAGACAGGCCCAGAGAGGUUCUGCCUUGUCCAGGCUGGCCAGUGGUAGAGUGAGUGGGAUCUAGAACACACCCAGUUACGAUGGUAACCAAUCUUCUGGACUGACUUUGCUCCAGAAGUGGGUCACUCAGAUAAUGUGACACAUUUAUUUCCCACCAAAAACAACUACCACCAACACAAAGUUCCCAGUAAUAUCUGGGGGUGAAAAAUACAUACUUGGGCACUGACGUUUCUGCAGAGCUUCUUGUAGAUUUGAUCAAUUGAGAUCGAGACGUGCUCAAAACACUGGCUGAAAAGGUCGUAUCUCCUUUUUUUCACCUGUUCAAACUCUUGCCUACACAUUCUGGCUUCCUUUCUGCUGGCCUCAAAAGCUAAGAGAAAAUCAGUGUUCUUUAUUUUGCAGACCACUUAGGGGCUGGCUCCUCUUAUUUCAACUUUAAAGCACAGAAUAUUAUUAAUUUUUUGUUAAGAUUUUGUUUGAGGGAGAGAGAGCACAAGCAGGGGGAGCGGCAGGCAGAGGGAGAAGCUAAGCAGGGAGCCCGAUGUGGGACUCGAUCCCAGGACCCUUGGGAUCAUAACCUGAGCCGAAGGCAGGUGCUUAACAGACUGAGCCACCUAGGCAUCCCAAAAGCGUAGAGUAUUUUAAAAACUGGAUUUUGAAUUUGGUUGUCUUGAGUACAGUCUACCUUUAAAAUACAUCAAUUGUUAUUAAUUCCAAGAACAUGGCUCUUAAAAUUGAUGAGCCAUUUUUCUAGUAGGGCUAAUUUUAAGAUAAUGACAAAUUCUGAAAGAGUAUCUAAUAUGACCAUCCUGCUGGUAUAAAAAAAUAUCUGUUCUAAAAUAACCAAUACACCUGGAGCACCUGGGUGGCUCGGUUGAGCGUCUGACUCUUGGGUUUCUGCUCAGGUUGUGAUUUCAGGGUCAUGAGAUUGAGCCCUGCAUGGGGGGGGGGGGGGCGGCGCGCACUCUCUCUCUCUCUCAAAUAAAUUUAAAAAAAUAAUAAACCGGUUUUUGAGUUAAAGCAGAACACUUUCAAAAAGGAAGCAAUUAGUAUUAAAAAUGCACAUUAAUAUAAAACAGAGGAAAAUAUAUGAUACAAAUAAAUAAAAAGCUACAUAAAAAUAAAGCUACAAUCCAGGGGGGAUUGCUGGUGUUACAGAAAUCCAAGCCCGCCACACCCAGGAAUAUGGCCUUGCUGACAACUAUAGCCCAGGCUCACCAUCUGUGGACUCCUGAAACCUGUCUCUGACUGUCUUUAGGUUCUCCAGGGCUCUCAGGUUUGGGGCCGCAGUCUUCAAGAGGAUGUCUUCCUGGGAUGCCACCUGUUGCAGCAGGAGUCUCAGGUGGGUCUCCACUUCCUUAUCAGUUUGUAGAGCCUAUUAUUGGGUAAAGAACAGCAAUGAUAGCUUGCCUUUCCAAACUGUUGAGUAAUUAGGCACAGGGCCCUUCAGGAUCGGGCCGCUGCUCCCUCCCUCCCUCCACAAACAUGCCUUCCCUCCCUCGAACCCCUCUGAGUCUGAAAUGCCAGCAGGCUGCGCUAUCCCUAGCUUCUGGAGCCGGCUGUGCUCAUCCACGGCUCUAGUGUUAGAGACCCUGCUCUCCUGGAACCCGCAUCCCUUCCGUACUUCCUCAUCUGGCUAAAAAGAAUUCCUCAAUUCACAUACUACCUUCACUUAUUCAUUACAAAAUACUGAUUGUUUACUAUGUAUUAGGCAUUCAGUGAUGAAAACUGUUCUGGCCUGGGACGCCUGGGUGGCUCAGUCGGUUAAGCGUCUGCCUUCGGCUCAGGUCAUGAUCCCAGGGUCCUGGGAUUGAGUCCCGCAUCGGGCUCCCUGCUCUGCGGGGAGCCUGCUUCUCCCUCUGCCUCUGCUUCUCUCUCUGUCUCUCAUGAAUAAAUAAGUAAAACCUUAAAAAAAAAAAAAAACGGUUCUGGCCUUGCCCUUAAAGAUCUCACAGGGAAGUCAGACCCACACACUGGCAUUGACAACAGUGCGAAUACGCUCUGAACACCAACCACAGGUGCUGCGAGGCAGAGAGAAGGGACCCAACUUCGGGGGUGGGAGGGAGGGGCAGCACUGAAGCUGAAACCAGAACAGUGGAUAGAGCUUGAAUGAGGAGGGAAGGGCAACCUUCCAGGAAAGCGUUCUUGUCCUCCCAGGAUCUUUAAUUUAUAUAUGAUAAAGGUGACGUUUUAAGUCCCUGAGAAGAGAAUUACUUGAAACAUGUUGCGUAAAUGGGCUAACUUAGGUCACUUUUUAAAAACAGAUUCUUACCUUAUACCAUAUGCCAAAAUAAAUUUCAGAUGAAUUAAAUAGGUAAUGAAAGCAAAACCAGGAACAGGAAGAAUAUUUAUAAAUAUUUACUCAGUAAUAAGGUGGGGAAGGAUUUUCUAAAAUGAAAGCAUUAAAUAGACUAUAGAAGAGACAAAAGCUUUUUUCUCAUUGCCUCAAAAUAGCAUAAAUAAAAUCCAAGAGCCCAAUGAAUCUCACAACAUAUAUUAAGAACGUGUGAAAUUAAAAGAUGUGGGUAUUGCUACUUGGCGUCUGCUCUCUACUCCCUCCUUUCUCACAGAGCCCAUGUUUAACCAUUUCUCCCUCAAGCGUCCCCUGUAGCUGGGGGUGGGGUGGGGUGGGGGUCCCUGCUUGAUGAAAGGCUAGUCAGGAUGGAGUCAAAACAGAAAGAAACACAGCAUUGUAGUAUGGCUUAUAGGGGUGCCUGUGACGCAGAGCUAGAGCUGCUCAAUUAAAGAGCCCUUGAAACUGCAUCCCAGGUGUGUACCCUGCAGCUGUGAAUGCAGGGGCCACAGCGGAACCCUGACGGGCAGAAGCCAGGACGCUGGAGCAUGGUGGCUACUUCUGUCUCUUGCAGGAUUUCUCAGAGACUAAUAAUCAUUGUGCAUCUUCAAGGAGACAGCCCUCCAAAAAACUGGCUGACCACAGAAGCUUUUCUUCUUUGGGAAGAAAUUUCACGAUACUCAUGUUCUUCCGAACACACAGUGAGAAAUGCUGAUCUAAACAUUUUUAAAAAGCCACCUACUUAAA